AUGAGUACCGAUCUGAAGGCGUUGUUGGAAGCGCAGAACGACAUCCACGGGCGAAUGUCUCGCUCCGUGGACAAUCUGCGCAAGAUGGGCGUCUCGAGCAUCACCGCCGAAGCAAUCCAGGCUCGCCUCCGCAUUCUUGAGACUUUGUGGACCCGAUUCGAGACCCAUCAUGAUCUCAUCGUAGCGGCGCUGAAAGAUAAAUAUCUUGAGAGUGAGUACGCCAAAGCUGAUUUUAUUGAUAUCGCGGAAACCACUUACGUGACGCAAAGAAGCAUGCUGGUGGACUACGCAAAUAAGCUCAAGGGUGAAUCGUUCACCGCACCCAAGACCGAGACUCACCAAGAGCAGACGCUCAAAACUUCGCUGCCGCGAAUUAAACUCCAGGCGUUCUCGGGCGCAUACGGAGAUUGGCCCGCGUUCCGCGACAUUUUCCAGUCAAUCAUCGGGAGCAACUCGUCCAUCUCCAACGUGGAAAAGCUUCAUUAUCUCCGUACGAGCUUGCAAGGUCCUGCGGAAAAAUUGAUUAGAUCGUUGCCAAUUGUCGGGGGCAACUACGAGCGAGCGUGGUCCAUUUUGAGUGCUCAUUACGAGAACAAGCGGGAGCUCAUUCGCGCCAACUUCGCCGCGUACACCGCCGUGCCAAAAAUGAAGGCCGCGACCGCUGACGAACUCAGCAGAAUCUACAACGCCGCCACAACCGCCAUCAAUGCACAGGAGAGCAUUGACAGGCCGAUAGACACACAUGGUAUGGAUCUGUUUAAUUACCUCCUUGUGGAGAGGUUCGACCCGCAAACCAGGAUGCAGUGGGAGUCUUCCAUCCGCGAUUCCGUCGACCCACCGACCAAUGAAAUCCUUAUGGAUUUCAUCGCGAAGCAAGUCCUCACACUCAAUGCCGUGCAGCCAGCUACCGUCGCAAAGUCUGGAGAGGCUUCUCGGUCCGCGAAGUCGCACUUCGUGAAGCGCGCGUCCGACUCCUCUACUUGCGCCGUCUGCAAGGAAAAACAUUCAGUUAUGCAGUGCGCGACGUUUAAAGCAAAGACCGCGCCAGAACGAAAGAACCUUGUAGAAGCGAACAAGCUUUGCUUUAAUUGCCUCGGGAAUCACUUCCUGGCAAAAUGCCAGUCGGUCAAGACGUGCUUCUCCUGUAAAGCACGGCAUCACACACUACUACACGACGCGUACGUCCAGUCCGACGGAGCGAAUUCGUUGUCCGCCACACCCGUCGCGUCGGACCGCAAGGCGAUCCUCCUCGCUACCGCUCGGGUCGCUAUCAAGGACCACCUGGGGAGACCGCACGACGUCCGAGCGCUGAUCGACCAAGGAUCCGAGGUCUCUCUGGUCGCUGAGACUUUGGCCCAGCGGUUGCGUCUGCCGCGGAACCGCUCGUCUAUGAGAAUUGCCGGCAUUGGAGGAGCAUCCGGAGCAACCCGCGGACGGCUGUCGAUGACGCUUUCCUCGGCGAUCACUGGAGCAGCGCUCUCGGUUCAGGCGUAUAUCCUUCCGCGUCUCUCGGCAUACCAGGGGCCCGUCGUGCGAUCCAGCCUCACCUGGCCUCACAUACGCGGUCUCCCCCUGGCCGACCCACAAUAUCUGGAUCGAGAUCCGAUCGAGAUUCUGCUCGGCGCAGAUGCCUACUCCGCCAUCCUCCAGGAAGGACUCCGCAAGGGAAGCCAGAAUGAGCCCAUCGCUCAGAAGACCUCUCUCGGGUGGAUCCUAUCGGGCGGUCACCGAGUCACCACCCAGGGAGGCCACGCCGCACAUCAAUGCACGGUAGACCGCCAGCUGACCGACCUGGUGCAGCUUUUCUGGGAGCAGGAAAAGGAGCCCGCUACUCCCGUCGCUCUCACCCCUGAAGAAAGGAGAUGCGAGGACAUCUUCGUCCGCGAGCACACACGCACCGACGCGGGCCGCUACGUCGUGAGGCUCCCCUUCUCCGGCGCUCCGCCUUUGCUCCUGGAAACCCGCCGGCCGGCCGAACGCCUGCUCCACGCCAUGGAGCGUCGCUGCGACAAGGACGCUCGAUUCAGCGGCCUCUACCACGACUUCAUGCAGGAAUACGACGACCUGCAACAUAUGGAGACGGUAAACACUUCAUCCGAGGAAACGGACACGGCCAAGUGCUACUUACCGCAUCACGGAGUGUUGCGUGAAACGAGCACCACCACCAAACUCAGGGUCGUAUUCAACGGCUCCCAGCUCACAACCACCGGCACGUCGCUUAACGCCAAUCUACUGACUGGCGCCAAUCUCUUGCCAGCUCUUGCUGACGUGCUUCUACGCUGGCGCUGGCACCGCUACGUGUUUGUGGCGGACAUUGAGAAAAUGUACCGCCAAAUCCUCAUCCACCCGGACGACCGCGAGCACCAGCGUAUACUUUGGCGGCACCGUGCCGCCGACGACAUCCGCGAGUACCGCCUACGAACGGUCACGUAUGGCUUGGCGUGCGCACCAUUCCUCGCCAUACGGACCCUGCACCAGCUCGCCGACGACGAAGGUCAUCGAUUUCCGCAAGGAGCUGUCGCGCUGCGCCGCGAUACCUACGUGGACGACGUCGUGACUGGCGCGAGCACCCUCUCGGAGGCCACCGUGGUCCAACGGGAGCUCCGCAGCCUCUGCAUGGCGGGCGGGUUUCCGCUUCGAAAAUGGGCCGCCAACAGCCUCACCAUCCUGGACGGAGUUCCACUCGAGCACCGGCUCACCCGCGCACCUCACUCGUGGUCGCACGAGAGUCACGCGACACUCGGACUUCACUGGCACCCGGCCAGUGAUUACUUCACUUUCGCGGAACGAGCACGGCACUAUAACGAACUCACGAAACGACUAGUCCUGUCCGAAACCGCUCGGAUGUUUGACCCGCUGGGCUGGCUCACUCCGGUCACAAUGCGGGCCAAAAUCCUGAUCCAGUCCGCCUGGCUCCGGAAACUCGACUGGGAUACUCCUCUUCCAGCGGCGGACGCACUAGCUUGGAGGACUAUGCUCUCGCAACUUCCGCGCCUCAAUGAGAUCAGGAUAUCUCGCUGGCUUGGCAGCGACGAUCCUGAGUCACGCGUCGAACUUCACGGGUUCGCCGACGCAUCAGAGCGAGGAUACGCCGCCGUAGUGUACCUCCGCUCAUCCACUGAAAGGGGCACUUCGCUUCACUUGUUGAGCGCAAAGGGCAAGGUCGCCCCCCUGAAGCCCGUAUCGUUGCCGCGGCUCGAGCUGUGCGCGGCUGCCCUUCUGGCAAACCUCGUAUUUCACACGCGCACUUUGUUGAGUUUGUCCUCAGCUCCAGUCUUCCUCUGGUCAGACUCCAAGGUCACACUACACUGGAUCCACGGCCACGCGUCCCGCUGGAAGACCUACGUGGCCAACAGAGUGUCGCAAAUCCAGGAGCGACUACCCGAGGCGCAAUGGCGACACGUGCCGGGCAAGGACAACCCAGCUGACUGCGCCUCCCGAGGAGUCCUGCCCAGCGACCUGGACGAAGCAAGGUGGCCAAGUGACGACGGCGCCCUGCCGGAUGCCGACUUGCCGGAGCAAAGAACCGUCGCCUCACUCGCGGCCGCCGUCGAGGUCAUCUCCGAACCAGACUUCCUGCUACGCUUCUCAUCACUGCACAGGCUCCUCAGGGUGACAGCGUGGUGCCUUCGAUGGCGGAGACCAGGAAUCCGGAGGACACGCGACAGCGCUCGCACCGCACUCUCGCUCGACCCUCACGAGAUCGAGGACGCUCUUCUCCGCUGGGUUCGCGUCGCUCAGACACUGCACUUCCACAGCGAGCUCACAGCACUGGGCAAAGGUCGUGCCUUGCCACCACGAAGCCCGCUCACACGGCUAAAUCCGUUCCUCGACGGCAGCGGCGUGAUGCGGGUCGGAGGGCGUCUCAAACACGCCAUCCUGUCCCACGACGAGCGGCAUCCCAUCGUCAUACCGCCGGGAUCCAAUCUGACCCGCCUGCUGGUGGAUUCUUGCCACCGACGGAGCCUACAUGGUGGAGUGCAGCUAACUCUUGGAUUACUUCGCCAACGCGUGUGGAUCCCACGAGGUCGAGCCGUCGUUAAACGGGCAAUCCACCGAUGCGUUGUCUGCACGCGAUGGAGAGCCGUCGCACCACAACCUCUGAUGGGCAACCUUCCGCGAGCACGGGUGACACCUGCACGCCCGUUUCUACGCACCGGGGUCGACUACGCCGGCCCGAUCCUCAUCCGGACCAGCAGGGGCCGAGGCCACCGGGCAAGCAAGGGCUUCAUCUCAGUUUUUGUCUGCCUCAGCACCAAAGCAGUUCACCUGGAGGCGGUCACCGAUUAUACGGCCGAGGCGUUCCUGGCCGCCUUCCGCCGCUUCGUCUCCCGGCGAGGCCUCUGCACUGAAGUCUUCUCCGAUUGCGGUACGAACUUCGUCGGAGCGGACCGGGAACUGAGGGAGAUGUUUCGCGCCUCAUCCUCCGACGGCCGUCGGAUAGCUCACGUAACAGCCUCCGACGGCGUGAGGUGGAGGUUCAACCCCCCGGCAGCACCACACUUCGGCGGGCUUUGGGAGGCGGCCGUCAAGUCCACGAAGCAUCAUCUCCGCAGAGUCAUCGGCGACGCCACCCUCACCUAUGAAGAAAUGGCGACCCUUCUCUCAGAGGUGGAGGCGUGCCUCAAUUCACGCCCUUUGCAGCCGCUGACAGACGACCCCGACGACUUGACGGCACUCACCCCGGGGCACUUCUUGAUCGGCGCUCCCCUCUUGGCCGUUCCAGGGCCGUCGCUCACCGCCGAGAAGGACACCGUGCUGUCUCGAUGGCAACUUCUGCAAAAGAUGCGCGACCACUUCUGGGAACGUUGGACGCGCGAGUAUCUCAACGCCUUGGCGACACUCCCAAAGUGGCUUAAAAACGAGACCGGCCCCAGCGUCGGCGACUUGUGCCUGCUCCGAUCCGAGACCACCCCCCCGACCAGGUGGCCACUUGCCCGCAUCACGGCACUGCAUCCCGGAGACGACGGGAUCACCCGCGUAGUCACCAUUCGCACGGCAUCUUCGGAACUGACCCGGCCACUCGCGAAGAUCAUCCUUCUGCCAGGAACCGACACCAAGACAUCCUCAUCGCACUCGGAUUCGUGA